AUCCCUGUUUUAUCCUCUAUUUAGGCGUUUCUUCGAGGUUCCGUUUAGUAGGUAGCUAGUGUGUUAUAAGACUAAAAUGGUCUUAACUGUAAAGCAGGGGACGGCCGUUCGUCGUCCCCCGCACACUACCACAUAGCCCACAGCCGCUGCAAGCACUCGCCCUUCAGCUGGAGAAAAAACGGGAAAGUUUGUGUGAUUUUUGCAUAAAAAUACGAGUAAAAGGCCUUUCGCUGAGGUAGCUAGCAGCAAGAAGACCCCGAGAAUGUUGUGGUUUUCUUAGCAUCCAGGGAGUGGGGAAGGGGAGCUUUGACAGCGUACACUGACUAUUAAAGCUGAUAGAGGUAUAAAAACGAUGCUUACUCAUAAACUCCUCCAUAGUGCUCCCUUCAAAUGUUAAAAAAGCCGUUUGCAUGUCAAAUGGAGCUCAAGAAGGGUCAAGCUUGAAGACCAGCGAGCCUGCUAACUUUAGCUGUGAGGGGGGGAUUAGCCCUCAGAAGGCCCCUGUCAUUUCACUGCCUCUUGAUGGUGGUAGCUGCUCAGGCCUGCACACACAGUUAGCUAUGGCGUGCAGUCCUCUCUUAUCGAAAUCCUUGGAUACUGGCUCAAAGCCUUAAGUCCAGCAUCACCUCAUCACUCCUUGUAUGAUGUUAUCUUGAACUUAAAACAGUCAGGAUGUGGCACUUGCUGUCUCAAAAACCUGCAGGCUCUUCUCAGCGCAGCUAGCUGUUACAGACAAACUUUGCACUGGUGAUCUUGGAUCUGCAGCAAUAAACCACAGACCCAUGAGUAAUUGUUAUAAAUAGGCAAUACAUUUUAUUUGAAGGCAGUGUGGGACUGUUUCUCCCUCAGGCUUCCCUGCCACAUUUUAUUCUUGGCUACAUAAACAAAGCUUUCUCUCUGUACAGCACCGUGACCAAAUAUGGUGAAGAAAUGACAAAUGCCCUCUUUCCAUUCAUAAAACUGGGACCUACUACGGUCUUCCUGGCAUAUGCAUACGCACACAGGCUCGCAAAACACACACAGGCUCGCAAAACACACACUUGAUUAAUGUGACUUGUGUUUGUUUAGAGUCCCUUCUGUAAUCGCACUUUGGUAAAGGUCCAUCGGGCUCACUUUUCACACUCAGCUUGUCAUUGACUGGAGCAGCUUGUCAUCAGACCUUCGUCAGAGGAUAAGGGGUAUUACAAGCUUUGAAAGGCUUGACGUAACUCGGCCUAGGCCAGUGUUACUUUGCGCUCAUAUACUUUGAUGUGUGCAGCUGGUCAUCAUCGAGCUUCCUGUGCAGUAAAUCAUAUAUACUUCCCUAUUCCUGGUUGUAAAUGCAAAAGUUGUAGGUCUUUACUGUGAUCUGCAGAAUUCAUUGCAAUUGGUGGCUUAAAAAUGACACAUUUCUUACAUUUUUUAUAGUCUUGAAAGCACACUGUGUUCAGUAGUGCACUUGCUUUGUUUAAAGUUAUGCCAUUUUUAUGAUGCAGUGAGCAUGUUCUUCUGAGAUUUACUGACCUGUUAAGAGACACCAGGCAGGCACAGUGAACAGUGCCAACCAGAGACACUCAAGCAGACAGAGAUGAUCAGAUCAGCACUAGUACCUAUACUGCCAAGCAUUUCUGUUGAAUGCAACUAUGAUCCUUAGAUCUGUGGCUAACUGUUAAACCCAUUGAAGCUGACACUGUGCCCUGAGCUGCAGAUUUGUCUGGAGUGUAGCUGCUCUGAGAUGACAACCUGACUGCCUGCUACCUGUGUUUACUGUGUAUGGAUGGCACUAGGUGGAACAGCUGGAGGAGUGCCAACACAGUCACACUUGCACAGAGAGAUUAAACACUUGCCAUCCUGACACCUAUUUUAUUUCACUGUGCCCAUGUACUGUGUUUCAAACUUUAGAGUAACAGGAUAGGCUGACACAACUCAACCAUGUUAUGCUUGUCUGGAUUUUCGCGUUGAGCUUUGAAAAGGGCUAGCCAACUGUGCUGACUACGGGGCUCUGGAUUUUUCCAUCGAGGUAUAAAAUGUUGCACAAAUGUUUGCAUUUACAACAGUUGUCUUAUUUCUAAACUGUUUCAAAUUUUGUUAUUCUAGGACAGUUAUUUCAUUAGUAAUUCAUUUGCAUUUUCAUUGCAUUUUAGUAUUCUAAGUUGAUUGUGUGUUUUAAAAUGUCAGACUGCAGCUGAAAACAACUGACGAGUAGAUUGUCAGGAAAUUAUUUGACAACUGCUUUAAAAUUUACGAAUAGUUGAAGUCGCGAUUCAGUCACAACUACAAAACAUUUGGUGAUUCUAGUCUCUCAAAUGUGAAGAUUUUCCGUUUUUUGAUCAUUAAAAAUGAAACAUUUUAGGGUUUUGCAGAGUUGAAGAUGUUAUCUUGGGCUCUAAUUGACAUUUGGUUUUACUAUUUUCUGAUGUUAUAUUGACAAAUAAUUCAUAAAAUAAUAAAUUGAUAUUGAACAUGAUCCCUUUAGUCAUGCAUACAAAGAAAAGCUGCCAGUCUUCACAGUUACGAAACUAGAACUAAAAAUGUUUGAUCUUUUCACUUGGACAUUCAUAAGUACUUACUUAUUGGAAUAGUUGUUGCAGAUUCAUUUUUGUUCCACUACUAAUUGUCUCUUCCCUGUUGUUCUCAGCAUGCUGUCGAUAAUUUCAAAGCUAUUUUUAGAGAAAGAAGUCAGACUAAGGUGCUGGGAUGAACAGUCAUAAUAAGUUUUACAGAGUUUUAAGCCUUGUAGUAUACUGUAGAUUUGUCUUUGCUAUGGAAUGUUAUCUUUUCAAUCCGACUUAAUAUGCAUGACUGAAUACCUACUAUGUGGCAUUUUGGUACACCUGUUCUUCGAAUACCUCAGUAGACAGUCUGUCUCUGUUUAAAUUCCUAAGACGAUUGUCAACUCUAUUUUCAUUCCUGUUGCUUUUAUUCACUACACAUGCUUCAUGUUUGUUGAUGUGUUAUACUUGUUGUUACGUACAUGAACUCUAUAUUUCUCUCUGUCUUCUCUUCCGUAUCAUCCCAUCCAUGUGGGUGAUUGUUCCUGCAAAACCUUGGUGAUCAAUAGAGACUUUUGUGAAAGAGUUUCUAGCCAAAGCCAAAGAGGAUUUCUUACGGAAAUGGGAAUGCCCACCACAGAGCACAACGUGCCUAGAUGACUUUGACAGAUUAAAGACUCUGGGUACUGGCUCAUUUGGGAGAGUCAUGCUGGUGAAACACAAAGGAACAGAGCAAUACUUUGCCAUGAAAAUACUGGACAAGCAGAAGGUGGUGAAACUCAAGCAAAUAGAACACACAUUAAAUGAGAAGAGGAUAUUACAGGCAGUGAGCUUCCCCUUUCUCGUCAAACUUGAGUACUCAUUUAAGGACAACUCCAAUUUGUACAUGGUAAUGGAGUAUGUUCCAGGAGGAGAGAUGUUCUCACACCUAAGACGAAUUGGAAGGUUCAGUGAACCACAUGCGCGGUUUUAUGCGGCCCAGAUAGUGCUGACAUUUGAAUACCUCCACUCACUAGAUCUCAUAUACAGAGAUCUAAAACCUGAGAAUCUCCUCAUCGACCACCACGGCUACAUUCAGGUUACAGACUUUGGAUUUGCCAAGCGGGUAAAAGGCAGGACCUGGACGUUGUGUGGCACACCGGAGUACCUGGCGCCUGAAAUCAUUCUCAGCAAAGGCUAUAACAAAGCAGUGGACUGGUGGGCCCUUGGAGUCCUCAUCUAUGAAAUGGCAGCAGGCUACCCUCCUUUCUUUGCAGAUCAACCUAUUCAGAUCUAUGAGAAGAUUGUGUCUGGAAAGGUACGAUUCCCGUCACACUUCAGCUCCGAUUUGAAGGACUUGUUGAGAAACCUGCUGCAGGUGGAUCUGACCAAACGUUACGGCAACCUGAAGAAUGGAGUCAACGACAUCAAGGGCCACAAAUGGUUCGCCACAACAGACUGGAUCGCAAUCUAUGAGAGAAAGGUUGAAGCUCCAUUCAUACCAAAGUGCAGAGGCCCAGGGGACACCAGCAACUUUGACGACUACGAGGAGGAGGAAAUCCGCGUUUCUUUAACGGAAAAAUGCGCCAAGGAGUUUGCAGAGUUUUAGGACGCAAGUACAUGGAUAUAUCAGGGAAAAUAAGGGGAUCUUUGCACUCUUCUAAAGACUUGGGAUGGGGAGAGACCAUCUUUUUCAGAUCUACAACAUAGUCCCUUCAUUCCACAAGGCUGAAUGAGGUCGCCAUGAUCCUUGGGUGCCGAUAACCUCUCACUGUCACAUACACCUGCGUAUUAAAGCAGACACAUCACUUUUCUCUUUUCUUUUGUUUUUGUACCUACCCACAGUUUUUUUUUGUUUGUUUUUUACUUUGAAGCAGUUAGUCUUGGAUGUUGUUAUCCCCCCAUUAAAAUGUGACAUUUUUGACUUAUGAGGAAAAACUGAGACAGUGGCCAACAGUAGUCCACACACUGUAACUGACUUGUCUGCGGUUGUUUGACACACAGUGAAGUGGGUUGCAGCGUAUUGCCCUGUAGUCGUCAGCAGUGUAUAUUUGAAGUCCACUAUUGUAAAGUUCUGGCCAGCAUACAAAGGUGGAUUUUGUCUUAUGUGCAUAUGUCAGUUUUGUAAGACAUUUGAACACAAUGAGUGUUUAAAGCAUGACCAAAUGGAGAACACUGGGUGACACAAGAAGAGAGGUCCCUUCCUUUCUUUGCUUUUUGCCUUAGAGAGCCGAUUCCUCAGAUCCAUACAAAAGCAUCCAUUCACUGUCCUCUUGGGUAUUCAGGCCCAGGCACAGCAAGCCAUUGCAGUAAAAUGACAAACCUUGUUACAUUAGUAAAAUGCAAAUUCAUUUGUUUGUUUGAUCCUUUUGGAUCUUAGUUACAUGUAAAAUUUGUCAUUUGCUAUCUCGCUACUUUUUGUCGCUGUGUCUAACAUUAUAGUCAUAUUGUCCCUAGAUUUCAGGUCUGCUUAUAAAGACCUUUUGUUACAAGUCUGUGGAACAAUGUGACUUGAGUAAAUGGAAAAGAGUGAAAUCCAGUUAGGAUUUUUAUUGCAUAUAAUGUAACACUGAGAGGAGGAUCAGUGUGACUAGUGUUGAAGCUUUUGGCCUCAACAUUGUUAGUAAAAGUACAGAAUUUAUAAUGAAAGAUGUUCUAAAAUCAUGAGAGACAGAUACUCAAAACUGCAUAUUUACCAUAAUCUCCCUGUUACCACCCCGGAAAGAUUUUUGUUUCAUUCUUGUCAAAGAAUGUAGAUUUGCAACUUAUAGGUAUGCAUAUUUGAAAGCUUGAUUUCAAAGUACAGUUUUCCUCACAAUACACUGGCUAAAAUAAAGACUGCUCCUUUGUAUCACAUGUAACCCUGUUAUUGUUAAGCUCAUUACAUUAUACGUAUAUGCAUUGUUUCAUAUAUGUUUUUAUUUAUACACAUUAGAGAUGCUAAUAAAUUUUAUUUUUAAAAGUG